AUCUUGUUCUUCCUCUUCUUCUUCUUCUUCUUCUUCUUCUUCUUCCUUACUUCUAGCCUGACAUGGAUUUGCUACCCAAGUGUGAUGCCAACUAUGUACCACUUAGUCCUAUCACCUUCCUCCCUAGAGCAGCUUCCAUGUAUGGAAACCAUACCUCUAUCAUCUAUGGUGGAACCAAGUUCAUAUGGAGAGAGACAUACGAGCGUUGUCUUCGCCUCGCGUGUUCUCUCCGGUCGCUUAACAUCGUCAAGAAUGAUGUUGUUUCAGUGCUAGCACCAAACAUUCCAGCCCUUUAUGAGAUGCAUUUUGCUGUCCCCAUGGCUGGAGCUGUUCUUAACACCAUAAACACAAGGCUAGAUGCAAAGAAUAUUGCCACCAUUCUUAAGCAUUCCGGUGCUAAGGUUUUCUUUGUUGAUUACCAAUAUGUGCCAUUGGCAAGUGAUGCACUUGAGCUACUUGCUUCCAACUCUAUGCCAUUAGUAGUUGUCAUCGAUGACAUCGAUUCGCCGACCGGAAUUCGUUUAGGAGAGUUGGAAUAUGAAGAACUAGUCUACAAAGGUGAUCACCGAUAUGCUCCAUACAUGCUCGACGAUGAAUGGGAUCCCAUCACAUUGAAUUACACGUCCGGCACGACAUCGGAACCUAAAGGAGUUGUGUAUAGCCACAGAGGUACUUUUCUGAGUACCAUGAGUCUUCUACUACAAUGGAAAAUGGGGAGUGAACCAGUGUACCUAUGGUCACUCCCCAUGUUCCACUGCAAUGGAUGGACAUUCACAUGGGGUAUUGCCGCCCGCGGCGGCACGAAUGUUUGCAUUCGCAACACAUGUGCCACCGACAUGUAUCAGGCGAUUGUUGAACACAAGGUGACGCACAUGUGUUGUGCGCCAAUUGUGUUCAACAUUCUUUUAGAGGCAAGCUUGACGGAGCGCAGAUGGCUUGCCUCUCCGGUGGAGAUACUCACCGGUGGCGCACCACCACCAGCAUCACUGCUGGAAAAGAUUGAAAAACUAGGGUUUCUUGUGACACACGCUUAUGGGUUGACGGAGGCCACCGGCCCGGCGUUAGUGUGUGAAUGGCAAGCUCGGUGGGAUCAACUACCACAUCAAGAACAGGCAAAGCUGAAAGCCCGGCAAGGCAUCAGUGUUCUCACUUUAGCUGAUGUAGAUGUGAAGAAUUUGGAAACCAUGGCUAGUGUUCCAAGAGAUGGAAAAUCUGUGGGAGAGAUUGUUCUUCGUGGAAGCAGUAUCAUGAAAGGUUACUUUAAAGAUCCAAAAGCAACUGCUAAGGCCUUCAAAGAUGGAUGGUUUCUCACAGGUGAUAUGGGUGUGAUUCACCCAGAUGGGUAUUUAGAAAUCAAGGACAGAUCAAAGGAUGUGAUUAUCUCUGGUGGUGAAAACAUCAGCAGCGUUGAAGUGGAAUCUCUUCUAUAUAAGCAUCCAAGAGUAUUGGAAGCUGCAGUUGUUGCAAUGCCACAUUCACACUGGGGAGAAACCCCUUGUGCUUUCAUAACACUCAAGAAAGGAGAAAAGGGAGAAGUAGUGAAAGAAGAAGAAAUUAUCUCAUUUUGUAGAAAGAAUUUACCAGGUUUCAUGGUUCCUAAGAAGGUUGUGAUCAUUGAUGAGCUUCCAAAGACAGCUACAGGGAAGAUUCAGAAGUUUCAGUUGAGAGCUUUGGCUAAGAGCUUUUCUGUUUCAGUGACCAAAAUAAUACAGAGAACCCCUCAAAACAGGAACCAGAGGUCUCAAUAUACAGUUCUGCAACCAAUGGAGGAAGCUGUACUCGCCAUGUCUCGCCUUUGA